CCAAAAAAAAACGAAAAAGGAUCGAGCUUUAUUCAAAUCCUUGUUUAAAAUUCGAGCUCUUUUGGUGUUUCUCUGGAUGUAACUGAAUCAUCUUCAAUCUCCGAUCUUUGAUCGAUUCCUAGUUUCUUCACAGCUUGGGGUCGAUUUUACAUCAACUGUAUAGAGUCUUCUCUCUGAAUCGUUUAGUUGGGUUUUUUCUUCUUCCUCUUCUUCUUCUUGCUAUUCAUGGAUUCUUCGAGGUGAUGAUGUCAACACAAGCUUUAUGUGUAAUUAGAGAUUAGGUUUUUUGUUUUUGGGUUUUUGUCUCCAUAGAUCAUCUGGGUUUAGGUAUUUUUUGUUGAUAACGACGAUAAAUUUCGAGUAACAAUAGAUAUGACUAUAAUGGAGGAGAAGCAGAACAGUCCUGUGGGAGAGAAGCAACAACAGAGCUUUAAUGGUAUAAUAUUAAACCAAACACAAGAGAAGCAGACUAAAUCAUUGGAGAAACAACAGAGUUUCCGAUGUGUGGUGGAGAAUCAACCGAGAAAGGCCAGAGCUUUAGAGAAACAAGUGAGUUUCCAAGGUGUUCAUGUAGAGAAUUAUCAGCAAAGCAGAUUCGGGAGAUCAAUGGAGAAGCAACAGAGUUUUCGAGGUGUCAACGUUGAGAAUAAUCAUAAACGUGGUGUUCUAGAGAAGCUACCUAGUUUUGGUAAAGCAACGAUGGAGAGGCAGAAGAGUUUCCGUGGUGGGUUUCUAGAGAAGCAGAAGAGCUUCCGUGUGGUGAUGGAGAGGCAAUUGAGUUUUAUAGGUGAGAGGAGGAAGAAGACUGAAUCACCUGGGAAAAGAGGAGAUUCGUCUCUACAUAUCGCUGCUCGAACCGGGAACCUAGGUAAGGUUAAAGAACUGAUUAGAGGUUGUGGCGAUGGCGGUGGGGAAGAGUUGAAAGAAUUGCUGUCAAAGCAGAAUCUUGAAGGAGAGACUCCUCUUUAUUCUGCAGCAGAGAAUGGGCAUUCGAUCGUUGUUGAGGAGAUGUUGACGCAUAUGGACCUUGAAACUGCUUCCAUCGCUGCUAGAAAUGGGUUUGAUCCAUUCCAUGUCGCAGCCAAACAAGGCCAUCUCGAGGUGUUGAAGAUACUGUUGGAGACAUUCCCAAAUUUGGCAAUGACAACGGAUUUAUCAUGUACAACUGCCUUACACACAGCUGCAACACAAGGACACAUUGAUGUGGUGAAUCUUCUUUUGGAGACAGACUCUAAUUUGGCUAAGAUUGCUAAGAACAACGGUAAAACUGCGCUUCACUCUGCAGCAAGGAUGGGUCACGUGGAAGUUGUUAAAUCUCUGAUAUGUAAUGAUCCAAGCAUUGGGUUUAGAACCGAUAAAAAAGGGCAAACUGCUCUUCACAUGGCUGUAAAAGGUCAAAAUGAUGGGAUUGUUGUGGAGUUGGUGAAACCUGAUGUUGCAGUUUUGAGCGUUGAGGAUAACAAAGGAAAUACGCCAUUGCACAUUGCCACAAACAAGGGGCGUAUUAAGAUAGUGCGGUGUUUGGUAUCUUUUGAAGGCAUUAACCUCAACCCUAUAAACAAAGCUGGAGAUACGCCACUCGAUAUUGCUGAGAAGAUAGGAAACGCAGAGCUUGUGUCAGUUCUGAAGGAAGCAGGAGCCGCUACAGCUAAAGAUCUUGGAAAGCCUCAGAACCCAGCUAAGCAACUAAAGCAAACGGUCAGCGACAUCAAACACGAGGUACAAUCCCAGCUUCAGCAAUCCAGACAAACAGGUGUAAGAGUCCAGAAGAUAGCAAAAAGACUCAAGAAGCUUCACAUUAGCGGUCUAAACAACGCUAUAAACUCAGCAACUGUUGUGGCUGUACUUAUUGCCACGGUGGCUUUUGCAGCAAUCUUCACAAUACCCGGUCAGUACGAAGAGGACAGGUCGAAAGGACCGUUGCUAGGACAAGCUCAUAUAGCAAACAAAGCACCGUUUCUGGUCUUCUUCAUCUUUGACAGCUUGGCACUAUUUAUAUCUUUAGCUGUUGUUGUGGUGCAGACUUCAGUUGUUGUGAUUGAGCAGAAGGCGAAGAAGAAGCUUGUGUUUGUGAUCAACAAGCUCAUGUGGUGUGCUUGUUUGUUCAUAUCCAUUGCCUUUGUUUCUCUCUCUUAUAUUGUUGUUGGCAAACAGGAGAUCUGGUUGGCUGUGUGUGCCACUGUUAUCGGCGGCACGAUUAUGUUGACUACGAUUGGUGCAAUGUGCUAUUGUGUGGUCAUGCAUAGGAUGGAGGAAUCUAAAUUGAGGAGCAUAAGGAAAGAGAGAAGCAAGUCUCAGUCUUUCUCUAUGUCUCAUAUGCCAUCUGAUUCAGAGAUUCUAAAUGGUGAAUACAACAAGAGAAUGUAUGCCCUCUGAUUUGUAGAGAAUUUGGGCAACGAUAUCUCCUCAGAAUGUAAGAAUAACCAAUAUAUACUUGUAUCUUGUACCUAUAAGAUUACUAUUUGAGCUUCUCAGCUAGAAUAACAGAUCUGUAAUGAGUUAGUUA